AUGGCCCCUUAUGAAGCAUUGUAUGGCAGAAAAUGUAGAACUCCAUUAUGCUGGACAGAACUUAGUGAAGCUAAACUUGUAGGUCCAGAGUUGGUAAGACAGACUGAGGAGAGGGUGAAGAUUAUCAAAGAAAGAUUGAAAGCUGCAACAGAUAGGCAAAAAUCCUAUGCAGAUUUGAGAAGAAAAGAUAUAGAAUUUGCUGUUGGAGACAAAGUGUUUUUAAAAGUUUCUCCAUGGAAGAAAGUGCUAAGAUUUGGCAAGAAAGCUGAAACCAUUGAUGUACAAUCUGACCUAACUUAUGAAGAGGAACCAGUGAAAAUUUUAGCAAGGGAAAUGAAAGAAUUACGAAACAAGAAGAUUCCCUUAGUUAAAGUGUUGUGGAGAAAUCACAAUGCAGAAGAAGCUACAUGGGAAAGUGAAGAAGUGAUGAGGCAACAAUAUCCACAGCUAUUUAAAGCAGGGUCUGGCAGAGGCCGUGGAAUCUCCGUCUCCCUUGAUGGCCUGGUAGUGUGGCGAUGA